CUGAACUUCGUUCGAUUUUAUCUUCCUUUGCUUAUCCAGCAACAUGAGAAAGUAAUAUAUUUGGAUGAUGAUGUCAUUGUUCAAGGUGACAUCCAGGAACUCUAUGAUACCAAGCUAGCUCCUGGACAUGCUGCAGCAUUUUCAGAUGAUUGUGAUCUUCCUUCUACACAUGAAAUGGUUAGAAGUGUAGGGAUGCAGAACACGUACAUGGGAUUCCUGGACUACAGAAAGCAAGCGAUUAGAGAUCUUGGCAUCAGCCCCAGCACCUGCUCCUUCAAUCCUGGAGUAAUUGUUGCUAACAUGACUGAAUGGAAACGCCAACGGAUUACAAAGCAGUUGGAAAAGUGGAUGCAAAGAAAUGUAGAGGAAAACCUGUACAGCAGCACCCUCGGGGGAGGCGUGGCGACCUCUCCAAUGCUGAUUGUGUUCCACGGCAAGUAUUCCGCUAUCAAUCCUAUGUGGCACAUCCGGCACCUUGGUUGGAGUCCUGAUACCCGUUACUCAGAGCAUUUCCUUCAAGAAGCUAAAUUACUUCAUUGGAAUGGGAGAUACAAACCUUGGGACUAUCCCAGUGUUCACACUGAUCUCUGGGAAAACUGGUUUAUUCCUGACCCUUCAGGGAAGUUCAAAUUAACUCGUCCUGAUAGCUGA